AUGUACAAGAUCGGAAAUAUCUAUUUUAUCGCGGCCAUCGCCGUCAUUGGCGGUGGCCUUUUUGGCUUCGAUAUCAGCAGCAUGUCGGCAGUGAUUUCGACGCAGCCAUACCUGUGCCAGUUCAACCAACAGGGCUUCAACGAAAAGGGCCAAUGCAUGGGACCUACGGACGAUGUCCAGGGUGGAAUUACGGCUGCCAUGCCCGGGGGCUCGUGGCUCGGAGCCUUGAUCUCAGGCAUUGUCUCUGAUACUUUCGGGCGCAAAAAAUCAAUCCAGAUGGGCUCUUUGGUCUGGAUUAUCGGCUCCAUCAUCGUUUGCGCGUCGGUCAAUAUCCCCAUGCUAGUUGUAGGUCGGAUCAUCAACGGGUUCUCGGUCGGAAUAUGCUCUGCCCAAGUUCCCGUCUACAUCUCCGAGCUUGCUCCCCCUUCCAAGCGUGGCCGCCUCGUUGGGUUUCAGCAAUGGGCAAUCACUUGGGGCAUCCUGAUCAUGUUCUUCAUCUGCUACGGCAGCUCCUUCCUCGACGGAAACGCAACAUUCAGGUUGCCAUGGGGUCUUCAAGCAGUUCCAGCCGCGUUGCUUUUGCUGGGCCUCUGCUUUCUGCCCGAGUCACCACGGUGGCUUGCGAAGAAUGACCGCUGGGAGGAGGCGAAUGAAGUGUUGACUCUUGUUCACGGCCAAGGGGACCCUAACUCUCCUUGGGUGCAUCGAGAGAUUGACGAGAUCCGCGAGGUGGUGGAAUUCGAGCGCGCCAAUGCCGAUGUCAGCUAUUUCGAGCUGUUCACGCCCAAAAUGGUCAAUCGGACCUCUAUCGGCGUCUUUACGCAGAUCUGGUCGCAAUUGACUGGCAUGAAUGUCAUGAUGUACUAUAUCACCUACGUCUUCACCAUGGCAGGGCUAGCUGAAGGAAGUGGCAAUGCAGUCCUGCUCCCGAGCGGCAUCCAAUUCGUUAUCAACGUCAUUAUGACGGUGCCAGCCCUUCUCUGGAUGGAUCGUUGGGGGCGCCGCCCAACUCUUCUCGUCGGCGCAUUCUUCAUGUGCCUUUGGCUGUGCGUCAAUGCUAGUCUAUUUGCUACCUACUCGCGACCUGCGCGACACGGCGAGUUUACUUCGACGGCCGAGUCCAUGUCAAUUACUGGAGCACCUGCCAAAGCGAUUAUCGCAUCAACAUAUCUCUUUGUUGCCUCGUUCGCACCCACCUGGGGCCCCGUGUCGUGGACCUACCCUCCUGAGCUUUACCCGUUACGCCUCCGUGGCAAGGCCGUGGCCCUUUGCACCUCUGCGAACUGGGCAUUCAACUUUGCGCUCGCUUACUUUGUCCCUCCCGCAUUCGCGACCAUUACGUGGCGGACCUACGUCUUGUUCGCCACCUUCUGCGCUGCCAUGUUCCUUCAUGUCUUUUUCAUGUUCCCUGAGACCGCCAACAAGCCCCUCGAAGAGGUGGAGGAGAUUUUCGAUGACUCGAAGCCUGGAUCCGUCAAGUACAUUGGCACCCCUGCCUGGAAAACGAGGAACACACGUAAUCUGGUUCUCAGGCAAGAGCGGAACGAAAUACCGAUGUCCGAGGAGAAGGUUGGCUACCAAGAGCACAAAGAGACAGUCAACCCCUAA